AUGCCAGACCACCACCAAGAACAACUGAUAAUGUGCCCCCUAGCGCAGAUCUUCGCCUCUCUCUGCCGCACCCCCCAACGAUGGACUCUCCACCGCAUUCUGAAAAGCGCCAAUACGCAAGACAUCCAAGGCAACCUCCACGGUACGGCGACAUUUACGCCGUUGCGCACACAGACCUCUAAUGCACACUCAAAACGUCACCCGGAUCCAGAGCCAGACCCAGACGUCGAUAGAUCCGCAGACAUGGUCUAUCGCGAGGAAGGCACCAUGCCCUCAACGGUAGGCGUGGGAGUCGGGGUGGGACUCCGCUUCACGAAGAAAUAUAUCUGGCGGAUGAGCGACACCGGAGGGAUAAGUGUUUGGUUUGCAAAGGUGCAGGGGACAAAGAUACAGGAUGAUGAAGAACCGGAACCGGAGCCGGAUUAUUUGUUUCAUGAGUUUGUGCUGGAUGAGCCCUCCUCUUCUUCUUCCCGAGAAAAAUGGAAAGAUAAUGAGAAGGAGCCUCUGAUCGUCGAGGCGCCUAUUCCACCGCGGGAGAAUAGUAAUAAUGAUAGGUUGUCAACGUCGUCGUCGACGACGGUGGUCAGAGCGCGCGGGAACCAUCUCUGCAUUAAUGAUAUGUAUCAUACGGCGUAUGCGUUUCGGAUCCGGCGGGAGUCAGGCGAGGUGGUGAGUUGGUCGAGUCGACAUGUCGUCAAAGGGCCUAAGAAGGAUCAGGAUAUUGUGAAUUUGUAUUGGCUAGGGGAGUGA